CAUGAUAUUUAAAAAUGGCGCUCAAAGUUGACGUGUAAUCAACGUGAAUAAUAAAACAUCAUUAAACAUUAAAAUAUAACAUAAAAACGAUGUUUUCUCUUACUAAUUUACUUUCCGGGUUGUUUUUGUUGUUUAUUUGCCAUUCUAUCUGGAAUUUAGUUACAUUAUUUCGUCCUCCAGAAUGUAAGAUAGGUGAACUUUGUUACAGCUCAUAUUUAAAUAGUAAACCUUCUUUAAAUUUGUUACUGUUUGCCUCCGACAAUACAAUAAGCUCAUUAACAUUAGUUGAUAACAUUACCAAUUUUGACUAUGAUACUCCAUUUGAAAGGGAGUUGCAGUUGGCUCUACCUACUUCAACUCGACAAAAUGGGAGUCUUUUCAUGCAUGUAGUUUUAUUUCCUGCUAGAAUAACAAAAAAAGGUUUGAGUUUGAGUGAAGUAACUCGGUUUCCAGAUGCUGUUUAUUAUAGAAAGAAAGUAAGUGAACAUGUUGUUCCUAAAGAUAAUGCCUUUAAUUUGUUAAAAGAUGAAGGAGGAAAAAAGUCCUAUAAACCAGUUACACAUAUUCAAAACAAGUUUGCAAUCACCAUCUGUACUGACAACUUUUCUGUUCCCAAUAACCAUGUUCCAUUUGAAAUUGCAAAACACGUUAAUGUGAAUCAUAGAUCCCAGCUGCUCCCUAUUUUAGUAGAGGAUUUUCUGCAAACAAAAAGAACAGAUUUAGUGGAGGUGAAGCCUGACACCGAAUCUUUUAAAAUGACCUUUGCCUAUAGUCCAUCAUCCUUUGGAAAGUUGAGGUUUCUUUUACAAAUUGAAGCAACUUUACAUCAGUUUUUGAAACUUGGCUUUACUCAAAAGGAUUUGGAUGAAGUGAAAGGUGUCUUUGCAGAUACUAAUUUGUAUUUGCUUUGUGCUACAAUGUUUGUUGGAAGUAUUCAUUUACUUUUUGACUUUUUAUCUUUUAAAAACGACGUACGUUUUUGGAAAUCAAAAACUUCAAUGGCUGGACUGUCCACCAAAGCUGUCUUAUGGAGAGCUUUUUCUCAGACAAUCAUAUUUUUGUUUCUGUUAGAUCAGGGAACUUCAUUGCUGGUCCUUAUACCUUCUGGAAUAGCUACAGUGAUAGAGUUUUGGAAAUUGAAAAAAGUUUUCAAAGCUACAGUCAUUUGGGAAAAUGGUCUUCCUAAGGUACAUACGAAUCGAAUGAAACUGGAAACUGCAGCUGAAGCAAAGACUAGAGAAUAUGAUGAUCAGUGUAUGAGCAUGUUGAGUUAUGUGCUCUAUCCUUUGUGUUUGGGAGCAGCAAUUUAUUCGUUAAUUUAUCAAGCACAUAAGAGCUGGUAUUCAUGGGUCAUAAACUGUUUAGUAAAUGCAGUUUAUGCUUUUGGAUUUUUAUUCAUGUUACCCCAGUUAUUUAUUAAUUAUCGGUUAAAGUCUGUGGCUGCAUUGCCCUGGAGAGCCUUUAUGUACAGGGCUUUCAAUACGUUUAUAGAUGACAUUUUUGCUUUUAUAAUAACUAUGCCAACAGCUCAUAGAAUAGCAUGUUUUAGGGAUGAUAUAGUUUUUAUUAUUUAUUUAUAUCAAAGAUGGUUGUACCCAAUUGAUAAAACUAGAACAGAUGACAUUACUUCCGAAGACCUUCCCACAGAAACUCAGAAAAAACUUGAUUAACCUUGUGUGAUAAUUAGGAAAACGAAAAUACAAUUUGAA